AUGUUUGCGAAACAAUUCGGCUCAAUGCCUGGAUUCAAAUGCCAUAACACGCAUCUGACAGAUAUCGGUCCACGCUCUUCUGCCCUUGCAUCUGCUGUGAUACCUGUUCGCAGCCAUAGAAUAGACAAUGUUUUUGCAAACAUUUCGCAUAAAGACUUCGUGGGAUUUUUGGCGGGCUUGGAUGCCCACGUCAUCUUGGACUGUUCAUCGCUCAAGGACUUGGGAAAAUCACAGGUUUUAAACUUUUGCAAUACUCCAAACCUCGCAGGCUUGGAUCUAUCCCACAACGACUGGGUAGAUGAUCAGUUUUUGUACACUUUGGGUCGAGCCAUAAGGUUCAAAGAUCUUUCGAAACUCGGGCUUUUACGCCUUGUUAAUUGCCCUAAUGUUUCGGAUCGGGGUUUUCUAGAAUUUUUAAGGCAGCUGCUGGUUCAGCUCAGCUUCAUAUCCACAGACAUCAGAGCCCUUACCAAAUCAACAUUUGAAGCUCGUCUAGAGGGAAAGCCAGAGAUUCCAGUGCCUGAUUCGAACUGGUAUCUUUUGCUGGCUCACAGCGCUCACUACAGUAUGCUCCUGAAAUACAAUUUGACCAUGAGCGCUCACUAUCUUCUGAGAAACACCGAUAAACUAAACAUUCCAACCAACUCUCCAAUCUGGGAUAUCAAAAUGUAUAAGGAUUGUGUCGACUUCAGAGAUUCUAAAACUUUCUACUGCAAACUUGGGGAUACUUGGAGAUCAAGAGAGAAAUCUUCCAUGCUGCGACCGGUGUCCAAUCUGUUCGUCUACAUAAGGAGGGAAGGCGUUUCAAGUCCACCGAAGUUGUCCGUACGCGAUGUUAAAUCGCUGACCACUACCCAUAAGUCCACAAUAGCCGAUUCGGCUAUUACUCAGAGAGUGCCCAGAAGAAAACCGAAGCACAAGCUCAAAGAUACUAAUGCAUUCUUCGGAAUUUAA